CUGGAGUAGGAAAUGGAGUUGGCAUAGAACUCACGCACACGAACGCACGCACACACACACACACACACACACACACACACACACACACACACACACACACACACACACACACACACACACACACACACACACACACACACACACACACACACACACACACACACACACACACACACACACACACACUUAUGUCCCACCCCCCAACGGUCAUCAGAAGAUACAUGAACGGAGAAGAUUUGAAGUCACGUUCACAACCGAGAGAGAAAGAGGGGGGGAUACGGUAGACGGGUAGAAUGGAGAGAGGACAACUGUAAAAGAAAGUAGGCUACUUGGCAGAUCAAACUGGACAACAGACAGGUGUAACUGUUUUCAGGAUGACUGGUUACUUACAGUUUGCAAGAGUCUAACCAUUGUGAGAUGGUCAUGUAAAAGAAAAGACAAAGCUCACAUUCCUGUCACCACUGUAACCUGUGUGAAGUCGACGUCUAACUGGUCAGAUGGCUGGGACACAAGCUGCUGUGCUUCCAUCCUUCAGCUCCUUCUCAAACUUUGUUCGCUCUGAGAACAAUAUGAAGGAGUGGAAAUUUGAGGAUGGCGCUCUCAGUCUGGACUCUCAAACCAAGAGGAUGUCACCUGGCAACACCAGUGACCAGCAGCCAGUUCUUCCUCACCUGGACGAUGAAAGUGAAACCUCAUGGGACAUGGAGUUCUUGUUGUCUGACUGGAGCAGCCCAUCACCUGAGCUGAACCCCUCUCUGGACUACAACACUCAGCAUCUUCUUCAACCGGACCAAACUGGACUCUACCAUGAUGGAGAAGGGGUGUUGACGGACCAAAUAAGUCCAGACAGGCUUCAUACGGGCAGCAGUAGCCUGAUGGUUGAGCUGCUCACCCCCUUAGAGACCAUUGGUUCAGGCAUACCAGAACUUUACAACCAACAGGUUCGGUCAUCAUCAUCAUUAUCAUCAUUCCCCAUUCAACCAAACGUGGACCAGUAUGGUUUCAACCCCGGAAGCAACCAGGAGGGACAUGGCAGAGAUAGAGCCACUGCUGUCCUCACUAAGGCCAAAUCAUGGGACUUUGGAAUGGGACACUACUACCCCCAACAACACACUUCCAUGGUGACGUUUCAAGAUGGCAGAUUCCUCCAAGCCCCUGUCUCCAUGACAACCUCUAUGACCUCUGAAUUUCGAACCCACCACUACAGCUUCCUCCAAAACUACCCCCACCACCUGGGUCUAUACCGCAGCCAGAGGGACUACAACCUCCAUGGCCACCACCACCAACAAGCCUCCUCCAACCACUUCCCCUACUCCCAGCACCAGCAGCCCCACCUAGCUAUCACCUCCUCAGGGGUUCCCCCUGGUGGUUUGGAGGGGAAGAACGGCCGCAGGACUGUGGCGAAGAAGAGAGCUGCUCUACACAGCUGUGAAUACUCAGGUUGUAGUAAGACCUAUACCAAGAGCUCCCACCUCAAGGCUCACCUCCGCACACACACGGGGGAGAAACCAUACCACUGUACGUGGGAGGGCUGUGGGUGGAAGUUUGCCCGGUCGGACGAGUUGACCCGUCACUACCGUAAACACACGGGUCAGAAACCCUACAUGUGUCUGCAGUGUCAGAGAGCCUUCUCCCGCUCAGACCACCUGGCCCUGCACAUGAAGAGACACACAUGAUGAGAGGAGUGGAGGAGGGGUAUGGCUGGGGCCGUGUGAGAUCAUACACACUAAUAUGUGUGUACCUGUCUACACACACUCUCAUUCUGGUUCUCAUUCUCUCUCUCUCUCUCUCUCUCUCUCGCUCUCUCUCUCUCUCUCUCUCUCUCCUCUCUCUCUCUCUCUCUCUCUCUCGCUCUCUCUCUCUCGCCCUCUCUCUCUCUCUCUCUCUCUCUCUCUCUCUCUCUCUCUCUCUCUCUCUCUCUCUCUCUCUCUCUCUCUCUCUCUCUCUCUCUCUCUCUCUCUCUCUCUCUCUCUCUCUCUCUCUCUCGCUCUCUCUCUCAUUGUCUCCUAUCUCUAUCUCUCUUUCUCUCACUCGCACACUAAUCUAAUCAACACACGCGGUGCACACGCAACUACUAGGUAGAGUAGGGUUAUCAUAGAUGAAGAGGAGGCGUGACUCCUCAAAGAUAUACAGUGGACACACACACGUUGUCCACACACUAUAAACAGCUAAAGUAACGAAGAGUCUUACAGUUACAGACUGACUUAACACUAAAAAUAAACAUUUACAUUUUAGUCAUUUAGGAGACGCUCUUAUCCAGAGCAACUUACAGUAAGAGUUAGGUGGGACAAUCACAUAUCACAGUCAUAGUAAGUUCUCUUUUUCUCAAUAAAGUAGUUAUCAGCAAUGUCAGAGAUAGAAAGGUGGGGGUGGAGUCAAGAGCAAGUGUUGGUUCAGGAUUUUGGGAUUUCUUUCAUGUUUCUUUGGGGGGGGCUCGAGGUGAGGAGGGGGAUUAUUUAAAAUAAUCUUUGAAGAGAUAGGGUUUCAGAUGUUUUCUGAAGAUGGUUCCACCAUUGGGGUGUCAGGACAGAGAAGAGCUUUGACUUGGCUGAGAAGGAGCUGCCCUCUUGUAGGGGUGGGAGAGCCAAGAGACCAGAGGUGGCAGAACAGAGUUGGGGUGUAGGGUUUGACCCUAGCCUGAAGGUAGGGAGGGGCAGUUCCUCUUGCUGCUCCUGUAGUGGAGACGUCCAGUGGAAUGCAGUCUGAAAACUAGGUUAGAACAUUAGCACCCAAAACAUACACAAAGUUCAAAGGUCAAUACAGGCUGUGUCACUGGGGAGUGUCAUUCUGGCUGAAACAUUGUAUAAGGAACUUCAUACAAAUAUGGGUUGUUUGCAAAAUCCAACACUAUAUUUAUGGAUCUUAAUAUUUCCUGUAAAUUAUCUAAAGAUAUUUUUUUAUUAAGGCUAAGAUGUUUCUUGAAUUAAGGUUAAGAUUUGGUUAAGAUAUCAACUUUUCAUGUGGUAAAAGUUACUAGUUUCUUAAUUUCAUGGAGACAGAUCACGUCAACUGAACCACAUUGAAAAUACACCAAGCAGAUCAAUUUUGUAUAAUUUCCAAUUGAAUAAAUGUAUUUAUUUGCAAGGCUUUUCAUAUUAAUAUAAUUCAUAACUUCAUAUUUUUAUAUCACUUUGGUCAUUGAGUGCUUUAAACUUUUCUCAUAAGUUUUAUUUGUAUAAUUUGCUCAUUUUAAUUUGACUGCAUGAUUGAAUUGUUUCUAAUUUCUAAGUAAAAUGUAAGUUAAUUCAAUAAAUGUGUACACUUACGAGUGAAGCGCAAAUGUACAAUUUAACCACUA